AUGUGUUCAGCUUGCAUUCUCGAACAUUGUGAGCAACAACCAGAUCAUAUCACCCAUUGUCUACAUAUCACCAAGAUAAAGUUAUUAUUAGAUAAUAUCAUUGAUAAUAUUGGCGAGAGUAGUAGUAAUAAUGAAAAUACAGAAUCAGAAUUCAUAAAGUCUACGAAAUCGAUUUGGAAAUCAUUAAAAGCAUCGACAUCUCGAUAUCAAUCAUUAUCAGCAAAAGAGAAUGAGAUUAAACAAUACUUUGAACAAUUACAUCAAUAUCUUGUAAUUGAAGAACAUAAACUAAAGAAAGAUAUCAUAAAUGAUAAAGAUAAAAUCAUUAAUCAAAUAGAUAAUAGUUUAAACAAUUUGAAAUAUUUAGUUAAUAUUAUAAAUAUAAAUAAUAAAUUAAAUUGUAGUAGCGAUGAUAAUAAUGAUAAUGAUAGUGCAGAUAACGGCUAUGAUAGUCAGUCAAUAAUCGAAGAUACAACAGAUCUCUAUUCAAUAACAACAAUAAUGCAAUCAAUCACAACUAGUUUAUCAUUACAAUCAUUUAUUUUAGAUAAUAAUCAAACAUUGUUUAAAUAUGAUAAAAAUAAUAAUUAUUUCAAUAUUGAUGAACUUCUUAAACAACACCACAAUGAUUCAUCAUCGUUAUUAUUGGAUAUCAUUCAUAAAUACAACAAUCAAUACAAUAAAACAACGGAAGUCACAGAUAGUAAUAAAAAUCAUUCAACCUAUGAAUUAUCUAUAAAACAAUUUGAUUUCAAUCAAUUAAAUUCUAUGAUCAAUCAGACAAUCAAAAUAGAUAAAAUAGAAACAUCAAUCCAAUCAACAUCACCAACAAAAGCAAAUAAAAAUGAUAUAUCUGCACAGUCAUCACCAAUAAAAACAAUAACAACAACAAACAACAAUGAAAAUAAAUCAUCAUACAUUUUCACAACACACAUAUUAAAAGGAGCAACAUUAAUAGAUAUAUCAAACAACAAUUCAAUCGAACAAUUUAAUUUUGAUUAUGAUUUUUAUUGUACAUACCAAUCGAUUAUAUCAAUUGGUGAACAUAUCUAUAUAUUCGGUGGUAUGAAGAAUUCAAACAAAUGGAUGAAAUUCUCAAUUAGAUCGAAAUCAGUUGAAUAUAUUGGUAAAAUGGAAGGUAUUGACGGUGAUUUUGGAAUAUCAGUUUGUUAUGAUGGUCAAGAUCAUAUCUAUUUGGUAAAUGGUUUUGGAACAAAUAGAAUCGAUCGUUUCAACAUCACGACAAUGCAAUUUGAGAGAUAUCAUAAACUGCCUGAAGACUAUGGUCACUCGUUGAUAUCAACAAUGAUCUUCAAAGGUUUAUUAUAUGCGAUAUCUUAUGAUAAAAACUUGGUUUUUCAAUUCGAUUUAACAAGUAAAACUAUAAAAAAUCAUCAUCAAAUUGACAUUAAAGCACACACAGCAUGCCAUGAUAACAAUGGAAAUUUCUAUAUAUACGAUAAUAUAAUCAGAAGAUUUAUAAAAUACAAUGUUGAAAACCAAAAAACAAUCAAACUUAGUACUAUCCCGGCAAAACAAGGUGAUGUUUAUUUGAUGUAUCAUCGAGAAUCAUCAACAUCAAGUUAUAUCUAUUCAUUUGGUGGUGUUAAUAAGAGAGAAAAGAGUACAAAUAAGAGAGAAAAGAGUACAAAUAAGAGAGAAAAGAGUACAAAUCCCUAUAAAACAACUGGUGUCAAUAAGUCAAGAAACUCGAUAACAUACAGUCUUAAGACUGGUACCUGUGGUCGUCCAACUCCAAUCCAUUCAUUGACUCCCAGAACUUUUCAGGUUGUCACACGAUUCGAUUGGACUAUUGAAGAUGCGUAUCAAUUGGUAAGAAGAAAGGACAACAUCACGACUCUUGCUUCACUUGUCUUUAAUCAAAUCUGGAAAUUCUAUUGUAAAUCCUAUUUUGGCGGUACUCCUCUCCACGAAAACAACCUACUAUCUGACGAAUCUAUCAUAAAUGAAUAUGUACAGCACAUAUCAGUAAAGAAAUUAAUUAUAAAUAUCAGUAUCACAAUCAAUUUGCAAAUUAUGGAAAAAUUCUUGAUUGUUCAUUAUGUCAGGAGUCAAGAUAAUUGGUCAUUAGUUGAAUCCAAGGAUGUACAGCAAAAAUCUGAGAAACAGGACAGGAUAAAGAUAUACAUAGUUUAUGUUUAUUUGAUUAAAUUGUUUCAUGAAAAGAUUCAUAGAGUUUUUGGAAGUAAAAAGGUAUCAUUUCAUAUCACCAUUAUGAACAGUUAUGAGAUAUUGUCAUCAAAUUCAAAACAUAUUAAGUUUUUGAAUUUGAUGACAAGUGAGAUGUAUUGUACAGUUGUCGAAUAUACUAAAAUUAGUUAA